AUGGAUCUCAAGCAAACGGAGAGUUAUUUUCGCGGCUACGUUUUUCUUCCAUGCUGCAACCAAGAGCAUUCGUAUUUUCAUGGGUAUCAACCCAGUUAUUACCCCUCGCAAGUUUCAAAAUGUGACGCCAUUUUGCAAACAAGAAGAGAUCAUCAAGUUUCUCAUACAUCCCGGUUUACGCCACACAGUGGUGAAUAUCGAUUGUUAUUGCCCGCCACUCAGAGGGAUGCACGACCACAGCCAAAUGAAAUUUGCCAACAUAAACUCAGCGUAAGAAAUUUGCCUGAGAAGGCAUUAUCAAGAGGUAAUCACUUGAAAUAAUAGUUUUAAUGUUUUUCUUACAUCUCUUUUGGUAAUUUGCCUCUUAGACUAAUUUUGCAAAUGUCGAAAAUUAGCUAACUUUAUAAUGGACAAAACACCUAAGAGUGCAUGGCCUUGUUAAAAAAACUGCACUCGGCCUUUCUUGAAUAUCGCUCAUCUUUAACAUACUGCACACAAACUUGAGAAACACAGAGAAGCCUUAAAUAAUAAUCGGAUGACAAUAAGCUUAAAUGAAACAAAAAUCUUACCUUACUAUCGCAGAUUUUCGCGAACACCGAGGUUUGAAAACGGAGGCUGGAUACAAAAGAAAGCGAAACCGCACAAUCUUCACCACAGACCAGUUGCAGCGGCUUGAAAAUGAGUUCGAUCGUCAACAGUAUGUAGUUGGUACUCAAAGAUUUUACCUUGCUGCUGAAUUGGGGCUGAACGAAACACAGGUUAAAGUCUGGUUCCAGAAUCGCAGAAUUAAGUGGAGAAAAGAGAAUUUAAGUCAUCUGGGAAACUCAAAAAGUAACUGUGAAGCAGAAAACUUGCAUUUGUAG